AUGGCUCUUACAGGCAAGAUUCCCCAUGAAUUUGGAAACCUCUCAUUUCUUGUUUCUCUCGACUUGGGAAGCAACAAUUUCCAUGGAAAUUUGCCUCAAGCAAUGGCGCGCUUGCGUCGGCUUAAGUUUCUUAGGUUAAGUGUCAACAACUUCAGAGGCGAGGUACCUUCUUGGUUUGGGUUUUUACACCGACUUCAAUUGCUAAAUCUUGGGAAUAAUAGUUUCACUGGUUCCAUCCCGUCUUCAUUUUCUAAUAUUUCCACACUUGAGACUUUAAAUCUGAACUUCAAUUCCAUAGAGGGUCAAAUCCCAAAAGUAAUUGGAAGUCUUAUAAACCUUAGAGAAUUACACUUAAGGGGUAACAAGCUCAUAGGUUCCAUUCCUCUGUCACUCUCGAAUGCCUCGAGGUUGGAGACUUUAGAUAUAAUUUUUAAUUCAUUUCAAGGAAACAUUCCAGAAGGGAUUGUCAAUCUUCACAACAUGAAGUUUUUGGGCAUACAGUAUAAUCAGCUAACGGGUUCUAUACCAUUCACAAUUUUCAAUAUCUCAAGAAUUGAAGUCAUUGCAUUUACAGGCAAUAGCUUAUCAGGAUAUCUUCUCAGUUGUUUAUGCAAUGGUCUCCCAAUACUCAAAGGGCUUUAUCUAUCUUACAACAAGCUUCGCGGUCAUAUGCCUACAAGCUUGUCAAAUUGUUCACAACUUCAAAUUUUGUUUUUAUUGGAAAAUGAGUUUGAUGGACCAAUACAUAGUGAAAUAGGAAGUUUAACUAAUCUGCAGAUCUUGACUCUCGGAACUAACCAUUUCACUGGGAUAAUUCCACAACAAAUUGGAAAUCUUGUUAAUUUGGUAGAGUUGGGCAUGGAGGAAAACCAUAUUACCGGCUCUGUCCCUAUCUCCAUAUUCAAUAUCUCAUCUCUGCAACUUUUGUCACUUACGCAGAACAAUCUUAGUGGAUUCUUACCACGGGAGAUUGGCAACUUAACCAACAUGCAACGUCUACAGAUUAGUGGAAAUAAGCUUAUAGGUGAAAUACCCAAAGAGAUAAGGAAUCUCGUUGAGUUGGAGAAACUUGAUCUUUCAGCUAAUAGUUUUAGUGAUUUGCUUGAUAUGAACAUCUUCAACAUAUCAUGGUUGAGAGCAAUUGAUAUUCCAUCCAAUAAUCUAUCAGGAAGCCUCCCACCAAACAUAGGUUCUAUCUUACCCAACAUUGAAGAUCUUUAUCUGGGCAACUUAACCAAUCUUGUUGGAACUAUUCCUCAUUCCAUCUUCAAUUGUUCAAAACUUACUAAACUAGAGCUUUCAGGCUUGCCUCUUCUACUCUUUCUAAUACCACCACCAAUUGGAACAUUCCUUAAAGAACCACCUUUUGUCCAAUACCUUCUACAACCUUUGCAAAAAUACCUAUAG